AUAAUGGCGCUAGAAACUGUGAGCUGCUUCUUUGAUGGUUACCGGAAAAAUGGAAAAGAGGGUGAAAAUGCCUUGAAGUUAGUCCGAGAGAACAUAUCAAACUCAAUUAAGAGUUCCUCUCUAGGAAAGUACUCGAAAUACUGUGAUGUACCAGAAGACGAAAUAAAUAACUGGUUGGACUCUUUACUGGGGAAAGAUCGUUUGAAUGUGGAGCAAAAAAAUGAAAUACGAUGUCAGCUUUGUCAGUGUUUGAAGAGAAUUGAUGAAAAGUCUUGCAUAGCUUUGUGGAAAUACUGGCUUCGACCGGUUACAAAUCCCAUAUCGGCAUUACUCAUCGUUGAUGCUCAAAAUGACUUCAUGAGUGGGUCUCUGGCAUUAAAGCACUGCCCUGCUGGUGAAGAUGGUGAGGAAGUAGUGGCAGUGAUAGAGGAUCUGUUGUCUAAAAAUCUAUUUAAAGUUGUUGGUUACACAUUUGACUGGCAUCCACCAGAUCAUUGUUCCUUUAUCGACAAUGUGUCAUUGUAUCCUCUGCACUCCACUAGUCCUGUAAGUUCAGCACAAGCCAAACUAUUUGAUGUUGUGGUUUAUGACAAACUUCCUCUCAUCAAUCAAAUUUUGUGGCCAAGACACUGUGUUAUAGACAGUUGGGGAGCUGAGCUCCACAAAGGAAUCAAGCCUCCUGGUAAAGAUGAUAUCACAGUGAAGAAAGGAAGCAAUCCCCGUAUUGACAGCUAUUCUGCAUUUUGGGAUAAUGCUGACUGUGUCCAGACGUCGUUAUUUGUUGAUCUUCUCAAACGGGGUGUUACAGAUGUCUACUUGUGUGGUUUAGCUUUUGAUGUUUGUGUGAAACAUUCAGCAGUUGAUGCUUUGGAGCAAGGGUUUAAAACUCAUGUUAUAGUGGAUGGCUGUCGUGGAGUGUCACCUGAUGGAAUUGCCGAAACAAGGAAGGAGUUUUUAAAGAAUAGAAUUGUGCUAAUUGAAUCUAAUAAGGUGGAAGAUGCACUCAGGGACAAGAAAGAGCAAGGUCAUAAAGUGGCUUGAAAGUAAUAUCAGCAGGCAAUUUCUGCUUCCUAAUAUUUCUUUACUUUAUUUUGAUGAGUUUUUUUAUACUUUUUUUACUACUAACUUAUGGUGCAGAUUCUGUCUGGAUUACUAGGAGGACAGUCAGGUUUGGUUAAGAAUUAAAUUAAUAUUGGUGUGCAAGAUUAAAUUAUAUAGAGUCACAUUUUGCUUGAACAAAAGUUUUAUAGCUCUUGUGUGUUGUUGUGUGAAGUUAUUAGGCAAGACCAAGUCAAAAUUUGACAGCAACUGUGCAACUUUUUAGUAAUUUAUAUCUGAUUUGAAGAUAACAAUCAACUAUACAGUUUAUACCAUGCUGGUCAAGUUUUUCAGGGAC